AUGGGUAGAAGAAAAAUCGCAAUCGAGCCCUUGACGGACGACCGCAACAGAACCGUCACUUUCGUCAAGCGGAAGGCCGGUCUUUUCAAAAAGGCCCACGAGUUGGCCGUGCUUUGCCAGGUCGACCUUGCCGUCAUCAUUGUCGGCAACAACAACAAGAUAUACGAGUUCUCCUCCGUCGACACCCCGGAGCUCAUCAAGAGCUACCAGAGAUGCGAUAUCCACGAGCAGAAGCUGCCGGAAAACUACGGCAAUUACAAGAAAAAGGCCCAUGUUCACGAGCGGCCUAUUCUUCUGCCGAAAGACGAGCUCCACGAUGUGCCCGUGGACGAUGCUGACUCAGACUACGACUCCGAGUCUCCAGAACCAAAGAGACACAAGCCUAAUGCUCCGUCCCGCCAAUCGACGCCUUCUUCCAUGUACAAUUCAAAACCACUGGUGGGGUCACGGAUCCCGCAGUUUUCUGAGCCUCAAAAGGAGAAACUGCUGCAGCGGCCGGUUCUAAGGGUUCAGAUUCCUUCGGACGCUAAGAACUCCAGCAGCAAUGACUCCGCAAAGACAAUUACCGCGUUGGAAACAACAGAUAAAAAGCAAGGUAUUGACGAUCACGACGGGCAGCUGGUCGGUCGUUCCGACGGCUACUCCAAGUUGAAGGGCAUGCCCGCUAAAACGCCCCAGCUCCCCGUACCUACUAUAAGCAAAUCACAGACACUGAGUCCGUCAAGCGCAAUGGCGCCACAACUUCCUCGAAAUUCUGGUGUUCCGUUUUUCCACUCGAUGCCUCAGGCUUCGCCUGGUGGGUAUCAGCCGGCCAUUCUUCCUACGCCGGUGCUUAACCAGGUAUUCAACCAGCAAUAUAUGGGGCAGUCUGGUUCGGGAAAUAACGAAAAUAACGGAACCGAAGAGGGCCACCACGACAACGACGAUUCCCAAAAGUACAAACCAUCUUUCCCACCGCAAUUCGCCAACCCAGAACAAACGCCCAUGCUGGCGCUCCCGUCCCGCUAUGUUAACGAUAUUUUCCCGUCGCCGUCCAAUUUGUACCCCCUGCAAGAAUGGCCCCUGGGCAUGACCUCCUUCCCUCAAAACAUGCCGCAUUACUUUGUAGGAAUGGUACCGCUGGGCAGUGGAACUACGCCGAUGACAGGAAACCCGAUGUUUGUGAACGCACGAGGGUCGCUUCUGCUGGCAGUUGGCGGUACCGGAAGUGGAAACGGUUCUGGUUCAGGUCAACGAGGGUUCCAUGCCCCGCCUGACGAGAAUCUGUCCGGACAGAAUAACCAACCCCCGCCGCAACAGCAGCUGCUGAGCACAUCCAAUACGCUGCCGCAAAAUCUGGAGCUCUAUAUGAGCGGCCAGUUUUUCAAGAAGGAUUAG